CUUUCUUAUAUGCAGACAAGAUAUUCAUGCAGCGAUUACACACCGACACAUACAUGUCGUAUGUUCAUAUAUAUGAAUAUGGCAAUACAAUUUUCUGUCAAGAAUGAAACUAUGGCUAACAUCAGCUCCAAUACAACAUCCAAUGAUACAACAGAGUUGGCAAUAAGCAAAACAACUAUUGGUGUAGUAAUUGAAGUUAUACUCAUAGCUGUCGCGUUGGGCAAUUUGUUGGUGGUUCUAUCAUUAAGACAUCAAAAGAAAAUCAUCGUCACCGACAUUUUACUUUGCUCGCUUUCACUUGCAGAUGUUAUCAAUGCGACAUUUCCCCUCCAAAUCCUUAUCAUCACCAAGUACCUUGUUGCCAAACCUUGGGAAAAAGUUGUUUGUGAUAUAUUUGUUGUGUUUGUAAACUCUUUGCGCUUUGCAUCUGCUGGAACUAUAGCCCUGAUAGCUUUGGAGAGGGCGUUUCUCCUUGUGUUCCCACUCCAGCAUCAUAUUMGGGUUACCAUAAGUAGAGCCAGGAAAGCGGUUGCUGUAGUCUGGGUCAUGUCAGUKUUUUUCGGUGCUUUACCACUUCUAGGUGUUGGACAUUCAGGAUUUGACAAUGGCAGGUGUUUAUAUCAGUUUUAUUUCCUUGGAACAAGUACUGCUAUCGUUUUAUUGAGUGCAUCAUUCUUACUGUUGAGUAUUGUUUUGGYUUGUUUCAUUGUAAUCAAACUUACUAGCAAGAAGUUUAUACAGAGACAAAAGAUUAUGGCACCAGGGACAAUGAACARACAUGGAACUGUCACUGCAAGAAAAGCUAGUACAGCAGACAUUAAAAGUGUUACUACAAGUACAAUUAGUACAGCUGACACUGAAGACGUAACCGCAAGAAGAACAAGUGCACCAAACAUUGAAAAUAUCCCUGAAAGAAGAACCAAUACACCAAAYAAUAUGGAUACAAAGAAGCGAGAAAGUAUAGGCUCGUUAAACAAAGCCAAAGGAAUCAAAGAAGUGAGAAGACUAACGAGAAUGAUGGCCGUGGUGGUUAUUCUUUACUACGUGAGCUUUCUUCCAGUUUUGAUAAGCAAUGUUGUCAUUCUGGUGCAGAAAGAAAACUCRUCUAAUGUUGUUUUGAUCAUGGUUGGAGGGAUGUCACUAAUUUACGCGCUUUGUAACCCUGUGUUGUACGGCAAGAUGAGCCCGCGGUAUUUCAGAGGAUAUAAACUCGUCAUCGGAACCGCUCUUGGCUUUUGUGGUUAUCGGCCAAGAUCGUGGAACACAUUCACGACAAGUAAUUCAGCGCGAACUUCUAAGUGAAAUGAAGGAUUUUUACAGCGUCGAAGAAUCACCACAAUUAACAACUCUAUACAUUCAUAUCUAUAAAACACAUUGGCACGCAUGCGUCUACCAUAUCGUGUUGUCAAACCAGAUUUCAUUAGUGGAAACACAAUUUGUUUUUCAUAAUCUUCGAUGACAAGAUAAUCUAUUUGAACCGCUCUAUGAAAAGCCAUUGAAUUUAAGUGUUAUUAACAGUGUUAUUGUUCAAAGAUCGGUAUUUUUACAUAURAAAACAGUUUGCAUGUA